GAGACCUUCGGGGCGCCCGCGCUAAGGCGGCAAGCCUGGCCGACGACCGCCGUGAGACGCGUAGUGUCAUUAUUUCUCGUCGUGCUGGCACUUCGCAUUUCCUCUAUGCUCCAUGCUUAACGGUUCGCGUGGACAAGUACAAAAUGCCUGAGCAGAGGCAACGCAGAGAUGAGCCGGAGCAGAACUCCGGCUUGAAAGCCGCCAUCCAGGGUCUCGGUAUUUUCUUCUUAAUGCAGUUUAUUGUCGGCCAGUUCUUUGGAAAACAGCAAGGCGGCUCGUCCCAGAACGCAGUUGUGCCUGCGUUUUCUGAUCGAGCCGAUAGAAGCGAGAUAUCGAGCUACAGCUUCAUUCCUGAUAAUGUUGCUCCGGUAUGGCCAACGAACAGCUCCCUGGACAUGAGUAUCUAUGUCUCGCCCUCGACCGUACUGCCAACUUUCAAUGCCAUUCCACGAGAUGCACUGGUCCUUGAGGAAAAGAACUUCACGAUGGGUAACUACAGUGAUACUCGAGAAAUCGAUACUACCAUUAAGGUUCCCAAAGAGGCCCAGCAGAACGGGACUCUUUGGGCUCACUUCUACGUUGGUAUUUCCGGUAGUCAGCUUGAUCCCUUGGCAAAGGACUAUUCUCCGGAAAAGGCUUACCAUUUCCUUCGUCCUCUCAACCAAUAUCUUCCUAAGAGGAAAACCAAGAAGCUCAAGAAUCUUCUUACUGAUGAGGACGAUGCGGAAGAACCGGAGGACGAUACCCCUGCCAUCCAGAUCGUUUCUUACUACCACCCGAACUUCACUGUCUCUGUUGUCCCUGAUACUGGCGUUCAGAAGUUUCGAAUGAUGGCUCCCGCAAUUCGGCAGCAUCUGGAACUCGAGAGUACUGGUGCUAGAGACAUUACUGGACAGAACGGAUGGUAUUACCCCGUUAUUUUCCUCAACAAGUUCUGGCAGCUUAGAAGCCAUAUGACCGAGCUGAACUCCACCGUCGACACUGUCCCGUUGCGUAUUACCCUGAACAAUCUGCAGAACUGGAAGUUUAGCCUUAUGGCUAGUAUCGACGAGGGCAUGAAGCAGAACGCGCGACAAGCUGCAACUGGAGGGCCUAUGCCCGCUGGAGGUGAUGGAAGCGAAUUCGAAGUUGCCAAGGAGAUCCUUUUGGACACUAGCGUCUGGUUGUUGGCCACGACUGGUGUUGUCAGUAUCCUACACAUGAUCUUUGAGACACUCGCCUUCAAGAACGAUAUUUCGCACUGGCGCAAGAAGAAAGACGUUGUCGGCACCUCAGUUCGCACUAUUCUUGCCAACGUCUUCAUGCAGACUGUUAUCUUCUUGUACCUUGUUGACAACAGCGAGGGAACUUCUUGGAUGAUUCUCGCCAGUCAAGGGUUUGGUAUUGUUCUGGAAGCCUGGAAGAUCACGAAGACGGUCGACGUACGCGUCAGACCUCCUCAGCCUGGCUCCACGUUCUCCUUUCUUCCAUACGUUAUUGUGUUUGAGGACAAACACAAGCUCACCGAGACCGAGCAGAAAACCAAGGAAUAUGAUGAGAUUGCGUUCAAGUGGCUCUAUAUCAUUGCUGUUCCCCUUCUGGGAGCGUACGCGAUCUACAGCCUCCUGUACAAGACGCACAAGUCGUGGUACUCUUACAUAAUCGAGACCCUUGUCGGAAGCGUCUACGCCUAUGGUUUCCUGAUGAUGGUGCCUAGUCUCUACAUCAACUAUCGUCUCAAGUCUGUUGCCCACAUGCCUGGCAAAGCCCUGACAUACAAGUUCUUGAACACUUUCAUCGAUGAUCUCUUCGCUUUCACCGUCAAAAUGCCGUGGCUCCACAGGCUGGCGACGGUCAGAGACGAUAUUAUUUUCUUCAUCUGGCUUUACCAAAGCUGGAAGUACAAGGUCGACUACACGCGUGUUAAUGAAUUCGGCCAGGGAGGCGAAAGUGACGAGGAGGAAGAGAAAGAAGCACCUGCGACUGAAGCUGAGAAGAAGACGGCGAAGGUGGCUUCCGGGAAAGAGGCCCCUAGCUCUUCUGCGCGCAGGAGAAAGUGAAAAUGACGCU